UAAAAUGAAAUAGGAUAAGCUCGUUCUGCAGUUCCUUACCACAAGCAUCUUUUCCAUUUUUAUGUUCAUCUACUCGAGGGGCAUAUGGGUCGGCUAACCUGCGAGGCUGGUGAAAUACUUUGACUGUUUUGGAGCACUAUUACGUUUCAAAAACAAAUAAGGUAAGAAUCUUCUCGCUAUUCCUUGAAAUCCAACUUCUGUACCAACUGACGAUGGCUUCGGGCAGCAGGAGGCAAGCGAUUCUUCUCCUAGAAUUGAUGCUUCUCUUUGGCAUGUUUGGCAUCUUCUGUUCGGAACAAGGUGGUAUUUCCACCGGUGUAUUUCCCUGGUGUCCGCCGAAUGAGUACGUUUGCACAUGCAGUCUCAGGGGAAAUUCCACGACUGAUGACGGAGAAUCUGGAAACGACACCAUAAUGAUGAUAUCUUGUGAGAGUACCAACAUACACGGCAUCAUAGAUAACGUCAAGAACCAUCUGGCUUCUAACUUGGAGAUUCAUGUGGGGCAAGGAUCUGGAGACCAAAUCCUGCACAGUUUGGCUUUCUCCAACUUCUCCAUGCUGCGGUACCUCGACCUGUCAAGUAAUUCUAUAACGGAGCUUGAACCAGGUGCUUUUCAUGACGCCAUCGGACUUACACGACUUAACCUUAGCCACAAUCUCCUGAAUGGUUUGACCUACGAUACGUUCAGUGGAGUUCUGUUGAUCUCGAAUUCUUCGAUCCAGUAUGGACUACCUAAUCUCAAAGAACUUAUACUUGCCAACAAUGACAUUUCUGUUAUUCAAGAAGGGGCAUUUGAUGGCUUAAUGGCUCUACGCUUCCUUGAUCUAUCUGAGAAUCGCAUCUCAGAGAUAGGCAAUUUUACAUUUACUGGUUUACAGGGCCUAACUGUCCUGAAUCUUGCUGGAAACAUUAUCCAACACCUACAUUCUGGUAUGUGGGGAUCACUAUCCGAAGUGCAGGAAAUUAGUCUAUCUGACAAUCAGAUUGGCGAAAUUGCACUGGACUCGUUCAAAAACCUGCAGAGCCUUCACACUUUGCGACUGGACAAGAACCGCAUUGAAGGUGUUCUUGCCCCUGGCCUCGAAUUCCCUUCCUUGAAAAAACUUAACAUGUCGCACAACUAUAUCUCUCAUGUGCAUUUCCAGUUUUUUCAUGAUAAUUCACGAAAUAUGCUGUGGAUUGAUCUUGAUAACAACCUCAUCACUAGCAUUGACUACGGGAGUUUCGAAAGUGAUACCCUUCAGGAGCUGUACUUGAACAAUAACCAUCUCGGCAACAUAGGGGUUGCGUUUUUGUGGGGCAUGUCAAACUUGGUACACCUCGAAAUGAAAAACAAUCACAUUGAGCACAUCGCCCAGUUUAUGUUGGGUGACCUUACAAAUCUUAUGGUUCUGAAUCUUGACAACAAUGACAUUUCCUAUUUUGCGGUAGACGUCUUUGACAUUGAGUACGACCCACGGCAACGUCUUCAGCCACAGAAACCUUCUAACAUAAGGAAAAUGUACAUCAGCAACAACCGCCUAUCAUACCCUUCAACUCUUGUCAUCGGACAGAUGCCUCGUAUGGAUGUUUACUCUGCAAGUGGAAACACGAUUUCCUACCUUCGCUCACAAGAUCUACCAGACCACGGAACCUUAGCUGAAAUUGAUCUGUCAUUGAAUGGUAUGUAUGCCAUCUCUGCUGAUUCGUUUUCAAACCUUCCAGCUCUCAAUAGAGUCGAUCUGAGAGGCAACCUACUGCAAAGCUUGUCUCGUGAUGUCUUUGAAAUCUUACCUCCAUUUCUGUUUUUGGGAGGAAAUCCCCUGAUGUGCGACUGCAACUUAUCUUGGCUUAAAGAAUCUGCCAUUGACAGUGCAGAUGACGCAAUGUGUGCUGCCCCAAAGGCUCUUGAAUCAAUGGCUCUUUCCUCUCUGGAUGAGUCAGAUUUCCAUUGCUCGAUCGAAGUCAACAUGAACUCGUCAAACGCAUUUUCAGGUGUUCAUGGGCAAGAUGUCCUCCUAGAAUGUCCCGUCAUGUCUGAAAAUGAGGCCAACAUCCAAUGGUUAAUCGCCGCCUACAACCAUACCUCGAAGACAAUGGUCCUGGAAGACGUCACCCAAACAGACAGCGGAUCUCUUGGCAUCACUAAGUUUCCCAACGGUUCACUCUACCUUCACACUAUAUUGCACGAACAAAACACCAACUACACCUGUCGUGCAACAAACAACGUUGAUCAAAGAGACUUCCUCAUCUUGUUGCGAGUUGAAGGCUCAAAUGGAACAGAUCUCCGGGGUGGGAAGGACGGUUAUGGCGAGGGUUACAUUUGGCAGACCGGAAUCAUGACAUAUAUCUUAGGAGGGGGAGCUGGGGCACUUUUUCUCAUCGCCCUCACCAGCAUCGUCUUGGCAUUCUUUCUGUCGAACAAACGACUUCAGAAAAUGGCAUCUGUAGAUUCACCUGUAAAGGAGCUUUCGGUGAACAAGCAGUACGAAGAUGAUUAGCCAUGUUAGCUAAACAGGCUAAUAACAAAUCAUUUAAUUGAAAGUUGAUCAAUUAUUUUUAAGAUAAUAGUCCAUCCUGCAAACAGACCCUUAGUUAAUUAAUCAUCAUUCCAAAACACAUUGCGUACCCCAUCCAUACAAAUGUCAUCCAAAUUAAAUCAUAAUUGUAUUCAUAUCUAAUUAUCACCUACAUGAUCAGUGUUAUUUUUACUUACUAUGUCGCAAUCAGUAUUACUUCGAUUAAUAUCCCUAAAUUGAUAUCAUUUCUGUUUUUAAUAUCAUUCAUAUUGCUGUAGUGUUUAUUUACAUGUAUGUAUACUUUAUAUUCCUAUGUAUGUACUGCCAGUGGAUCGAGGGCAAAUUUAUGUGUUUUGAAUACGGAUCAAUGAAAUCUGAAUCCUAAUUACAAUUAUCAUCUUCAUCAUUAUCUUCUCACUGUUAUCAAUAUAAUUAUCAUCAUCAUUAUCAUCUCUGUAAAUUUCAACAGUAUUACAAUCUUUAAAAUGUAAUUUCCCCCCAAAUUACAAGUAUGUUGGUAUUCACCUCUCAUUGCCCUGAUGUUAAUGUAAAGCUGUUUCAAUUGAUACGAUAACUUUUAUUUCAUUCAUUUAUUUCAUGUCUACGAUAUCAUGUAUAAAGCAGCUUAUCUGCCAUUUUUGUUUGUGGAUACGGAUGCGUGUGAGGGUGUGCGUGUUUGUGUGUGAAUUUAGAGUUUAACUAAUUGUUUUCACACACGAUCAAAUUUUAGUCCCAAAGAACUUUUAAAUCAAAUGUAUUUAAGCCUUCAAAGUGUUUUAAAGAAAAUAAUUAUGAUUAACAGCAAUGUAUUUUAACU